AUGACUGAGAAGAACUCCUCAGUGGCUCGAGACGUGUCCGCUCUCCAUAACGCUAUGGAGAAUGACAGAGCCUCUCGUCAAGAACGAGAGGCUAGUCUCGCCAAGCGACUAGCCGACAUCGAGUAUCGCACUGAAGGUAGGUUAGAACAGGAGAGAGUCUCUCGUGAAACAAAACUGACGGAGUUACGUGAAACACUAAUGGAGUGUAAAAGACUGCGGGAAAAGGGAGACGAAAAGUUUCAAACUUUCAUUCUCGACGAGGUGGCCACCAUUAAAAACAAUCUCGUCCUCGAAGCUCAGCAACGAGAGCAGUGCGAUGAUGAUAUUGUACAAAAAUUCCAAGUGGAGAAAACCCACUUCAGCUUUGAGGGCUUCAACUUAUCAGAAUGA